AUGACCGCUGCCUUGGUGCGCCGCAGGGUCAUCCUGCUCCUCGUGGCCGUGGCCAUGAUCGCCGCCGCCGCCGUCGCCAUGGACGGCGUGCCGUACGAGCCCAUCUACCACAUCCGCCCGCCGAAGAACUGGAUCAACGACCCCAACGGCCCCUACCGCGACCCCGUCACCGGCAAGAUUCACCUGUACAUGCAGUACAACCCCAACGGCCCGCUGUGGGGUGACAUCGCCUGGUACCACGUCACGUCGGAGGACUACGUCAAGUGGACGCGUCCUGAGUCGCCGGUUGCCAUGUGGGCCGACAGGUGGUACGACCGGUGGGGCGUCUACUCCGGCACCAUGAUGAACAACAACUAUAGCGAGCCGGUCAUUGUGUACACCUGCACGGAGCCGGAGAACAUCCAGCGCCAGUGCAUCGCCAACCCGCCCAAGUCGGACCUGCACGGCAAGCGCACCCUCGACACCCUCGUCAAGAGCCCGCUCAAUGCCAUCAUGUCGGAGGACAUGAUCCCUGGCCUCGUCGCUUUGGAGAACUUCCGCGACCCCACGGAGUGGUGGCUGGACCCCACGCACCCGAAUCGCUGGCUCAUCGGCUUUGUGGCCCGCAUCAAGGACAGCGAGGGCGACAACGCGCACGUCAUCCUCUUCUCCACCGAGGACCCAAGCUUCCAGAGCGGGUACAGCUUCUCCCACAGUCUCUACACCUACAAGUACGACCUGGACCGAAUGUUUGAGUGCCCCGACUUCUUCACGCUGGCCCAGGGUGGCGAGCACUACCUCAAGCUCUCCACCAUGCCCUCGCACCGCGACUACUUCGUCUACGGCGCCUAUCAGGCUGACCCGGUAACCGGCAAGUACGUCUUCGUCGAGGACCCCGAGCGCAGCUUCACCUUCGUCGACUACGGCCCGCUCUACGCCUCCAAGACGUUCUACGACCCCAUUCUCAACCGCCGCACCAUGUGGGGCUGGACCAUGGAUGAGCUGAGCGACACGCAGGUCCGCGCCAACGGCUGGUCCGGCGUGCAGAACAUGCUGCGCACGGUAGUGUACGACACCGUCGAACAGAAGAUCAAGACGCAGCCGGUGCCAGAGACCAAGGGCCUGCGCCUCCACAAGCUCGUCGACAUGAAGGGCAUCGCCGUCACCCAGACCCCAACGCAGAUCGUCGCCAGCAACACCAACAACACGCUCUACCACGAGAUCAUCGCCCGCUUCACUCUAGCCGACCCCGCCACCUUCGCCGCCGACGCCACCUACGCCGACGACAGCGAGGUGCCAGAGGUGGGCGUAAUGGUCCGUGCCAACGCGAGCCUCGGGCAGUACACCACCGUCUCCGUCCGCAUGCCCACCGGCGGCCCCAGCCCCUCGGAGAGCACCCAGCAGCUGGAGACGUACCCCGCGAUCAAGGUCUUCCCUACCCCCACAGCCGCCAGCUGCAGCGCCGAGUGCAACAAGAUGCGCCUGUGCGAGUCCUACACCUUCAGGGAGAGCGACAAGAACUGCACGAUGUACUGGAAGACCAACCCCAUGGGCGCCAGUGCCGAUGCCACCAGCGGCACCGUGCGCGAGCCGCUGCUGUACCUUGGCCGCACCCAGUCCGGCACCAUCGGCAACACUGCGCCCCUGCACGGCCGCGCGCCCUUCGCCACCGCCACACCCAACGGCUUCGAGCUUCACAUCUUCGUCGACGACAGCGUGCUGGAGGUCUUCAAGGACGAGGGCCUCGAGACCCUCACCGGCCGCCUCUACAUCGACAACGGUGCCGACACCACCGGCGUCGCCGUCUACGCGCGCAAUGCCGGCACCGUCACCGUCGACAUCGAGGUCUACACGAUGGACACCAUCUGGAAGGCGCCCACGCCCAACGCCGCCAGGAACUUCACCAAUUCGCUCUACAACCUGCUCGACACGCUCAUCGAUGUCUAG